GAACGCGAUAACAAAUGACAAAAAAAUAGACCUUCCGACCUGAAGAUCACCUUUGCAUACAUGAUCUAGGUGGGAGGACCUAGCGCACAGGGGAUUCUCAAUACGUGAUAAGGCACUGUAUAAUUUUCAUAGCCUCGGCCCGUUGUCAAGCACCGGCAGUGUCACGACUCUCCGCAAGCAUGCCUCUCUAUGUUAUGUUGAGCAGGAGAGCAACUAUGAAACAGCGAACUUGAAGCUGAACCGAGGCACGCGGGAACGGCGGCCGAACAGCAAGUGAUGACUCACCAAAUUGAACGAAGGAAGGCCAUUAAUUCUCCUCAUGAUCAAAUCCGGGUGAUUUCGCUUUUGUUCCGAGUAUCUAUUCUGAAUACCGUUUGCCCUGCCAGUGCGCUCUCACGAGCCGCCCGCCCGAAGGCUGUGAGUGAAAUAGCCAACGACGACUACUACGGAAAAACGACACCGUUGAGGAUGCUGCUGGACUCGAUAUUAACUCUUCGAGCAUUGAUCAGCCAUUUUUCCCCGUGGCAGCGUCCUUUCGAACUGCUUGGGCAACCAGGUCUUCGAACUUCCCAGCCGCAAGACAUCUCUUCGCCGCCAAAACGCAUAGCCGUCGUGGGUGCCGGAACGGCAGGUCUCUCGUUCCUUAAAGUCAGCCUGGGGUACCAGCGAGAGCGUGAUGUCAACUGGGAAGUUGUCCUGUACGAACAGCGCCACGAUAUAGGUGGCGUAUGGCUUGAGCAAGUGGUCAAGCCUGAGCCCCCUCUUCUACCAGAGACUCCGCUUUACCCCAACCUUCGUACGAAUUCGCCGCACCCCGUUAAUACCUUUCCGAACUUCCCAUUCCCCGCCGAACUGGACUUAUUUCCUGGCGCGCAGUCCUUGUACCAGUACCACAAAGAUGUCGUCGCGCACUACAACCUUACUGGCUCGAUUCAUUUGCGGCAUAAUGUCACUACCGCUCGCUGGUUUGGUAAUGCUACCCAUGGCCAUUGGGGACUUACCAUCCAAAGACCACGAAAAACUUGCCCAUCCGGGACUAUGCAGAAUCCCACCCAUUUUUGGUGCUCAGUCUUACAGGGCUCAGAACACGAUUUGGAGACUAUAUACGAAAACUUCGAUCACCUCAUCGUGGCACCGGUCAAAACCGAUGACUGGCUAUUGAAAACUGAUCCUGAGUCUCCGUUCCGGAGAGACAUACGACAUUCUAUCUACUUCAACGGCCCAGAACCUUACGUAAAUCGCACUGUUCUUAUCGCCGGGGGUAGUGUUAGUGGCAUGGAUAUUGGGAACCACAUUACCCCAUUCGCUGCCAAGGCAUACAUUGCACGAUCGGCAGGGAUGAAAGGCGACCCGUCGAACCAUUUCCUUAUUCCAAAGCCUCGAUUGUCACACUUCGAUCGUGAUGCCAUUUAUUUUGAAGAUGGAUCCUCCGUGACAGAUGUUGAUAGCGUUAUCCUUGCAACUGGAUACCGCUAUAUCGUGCCGUUUCUGAUUGCUGGAAAUGCACUUGUUAUCGACCCCAAUGCAAGAUCACACAACACUUCACACAUCCAUCCGCCCCCUCUUCUACGGCUCACGAGCAACGGAAAAUACAUGCAUCCUCUUUACAAACAUACGAUGAGUUUGAGCUCCUAUUUCCCUCCUAGCUCUCUUUUUGUCUUUGCACUGCCGAGGAUUCCUCCACCUGCGCUCGGAGAUUCUGCUCAAGCUAUUUUCGCUACCCGGGUUAUCGCCGACCCAUCUCUCGUUGCCAACAGAAUUUCACUCCUUCGGGAAUUGGAGGAGGAUGAGGAACGUCUUCGACGGGCAGGAUAUGAUCCCGAUAAGCGAGCACAUACGCUCGUCGAUCUUGGCGAUCUUGGCCAAGCGUCGAACCUCUGGAUGGAGAGCCUUAUAGAUUUCCUCAAGGAGAGGAACGUCACUGGACUACCAUUGCCUGGAAGUGGUGGUCGGUACGUCGAUGAUUGGCGGAGAAAGCAUGGGGAUUUGCGUGCGCUUGUCGGAAUGUUGUUCACUUGGAGGGAGGUCGAGAAACGUGGUGAAUCGGAAAAGCUGCUCGCUGGGAGGAGGACAGAGAAAGAUUGGGCUGAACUGCUUGACUAUCUGGAGACACAUCCGUUGCCUCCUACUCCCAUCGAGGUUGAUCCAAAAGUUUAAUGAGACGUUGCGUCACAGCUCAAUGCCUCAGCACGAUAUUACAAUCUGUUCAGGUCAGUGCGCAUUUGGGUUUGUAGACGGGCGCCUUGGUCAACUCAUGAUCGUGGAAAAUUUAAUUCGAGGGCUGGUAUCAUACCACUGGCACAUAAGGUCCCAUUCUCCUUUGUGCGAUUCGAAGCACUAGUUAUGCAUUCUCCUUGGCCGAUGAGCUAAAGCUGAAUGGAGCUAGCUGUUGCAUCUUUCGAUAGUUGCAACACAUCGGAGAAUAAGAACAUCAUAAUUGCCAAAGUACAUUCAAGUCCUAAGUGUAUGCAUUGAAAGUCAAUCAGCUAGGGAUGCGGAGUCCUAGACAGUUUUUCGAUCCUAGAGAUGAAUACCAUGAUGGCUAAGUCCUGGAGGAUCAACGGCACCAUGCUCUGCCUACUGGCC